AUGGAACCAUUUUUCGAUCCGAGCCAAACGCAAGAAAGUCACGUGUAUAAGGACAAAGCCAUUGAAAAUUGGGUUCGAGGAGAUGAUACAAGUUCACUCAUACAACAAAUCAUAUCUCUGCAACAAUUAAAUCAAAAUGAUGCAAGAAAACGAUUAGCUAAUCAGUUGGAAAUAUCAAAAGUAAAUGAAGAUUAUGAAUUUGUACUUGAUGUUGAUGUAAAAAAAAAGAAUGGACGACCAUUAUUUCAAACCCAUGAAAAAACAAUUCAUGCUGCUGAAUGGUUAACAACCAAUUUCAAACGAACAGACAUAGUUCUUUUACAAAUCGAUGGUAUUCGGGCGAGAAAAGAGGCAUCAUUCUAUACUCGUCUAAGUCAUCAUGACAAUAUUGUUCGAACGUUUGGUUUCGUGCUGGAUGGCAGUCGUCAUCAUUUUCAGAACUCCAUCAUGUUGUUACAAGAAUAUGCCUCGUUAGGCAGUUUAUAUGAACUAUUACAAGAACGAAGCAUACAUUUCGAUGAAAAAAUUCUUCUUGCAAUAUUUUUACAGAUUAUUGAUGCAAUGAUCUAUUUGACUUUGAACAAUGUCGUCCAUGGUGAUUUAGCAUGCCGAAAUAUACUUGUAUUUCAUUUCGAUGCAACAAAUCCGAAAAAUACUCUUGUCAAACUAUCUGAUUUUGGUUUUAGUCAAUAUAACCAGUUUGAUUCAUUCACACCGGAUUUUGCACAGCCAACAUCAAAUGUUAUUCCUACCCGAUAUGCUGCCCCUGAAAUAUUUCUAUCAAACAAUGCAACGAAUGCUUAUUCUGAAAAAUCGGGCACCUAUUCAAUGGGUGUACUCAUGUGGAAAGCAUAUUCUCGAGGUACAAUACCCUGGUCGAAUAUUUCGAAUGAUCAAGAUGUUAUACAGCAUGUAAUCAACGGCAAUGUGUUAUCUCGACCAUCGAACUGUAGUGAACAAUAUUGGGUGAUUAUUCUCCAAGCAUGGUCACUA